AUGGACCCAAUACUCACCCUCAAAGAGUUUCCGGCAUAUCUUCAAGGGCAACGGACUCUACCACGAUAUGACGCCAAGCAAGAGAAGAAGCCGGAUGAUCCCUGGUGGAGACUCGAUAGAGCCAGCGUCGAUGAGUUGAUGAAAGAACUUGCGCGACUCGUCACUCAACAAUUGAAAGGCUCUCCAGACAAUGACAAAGAGCUUCAGCAUUUAUUACGUACGACUACCGACCUCUCCCACGUCGUGCUGAGCCCUGCAAUCAAAGUUGCUUUGAUUGGAGCCCAAGGUGCAGGAAAGAGUCUUACGAUCAAUGCUCUAUUCGACUGUGACGGUCUUUCGCUCACCGGUGCGGAGGGGGCUGCUUGUACCAGUUCGAUAACGCGUUACGUUCAGUACCCUAAGAGCGCAACUGGUCAAGAUCAGUUCUUUGCAGAGAUCAAGUUCUUCACUAGAGAAGAACGAGAAGCAUUACUCAAAGAGCACGCUCGGUCGUACUACGUAUACCACAACGUCGACGACGAUGAUGAUGAUGAGGACGUCCCACGUACGAAGACUGUUGGACAGGAUGAAAUGGACCGCAGUCUGAACGACACCGCAGAAGAUAUCUUCACAACAUUGUUCGGGUCGUACGACGAAUUUCUUGAGAAUUGGAAUGUACCUGAUUACAGAUCAGGAGAGUUCAUCAACCUCUGUCAGCUCAAAUGUGACGAAGCCCUAAAGAAAGAGCAAGUUGACUCUCAGGGUAUCGCGACUAAGAUGGCAGAUACUCAGAAGGAACUGUUGGAAAAAUUACGACCAUUCUUAACUAGCGUCAAAGGUCAGAGAUGUUUAUGGCCACUCGUGGACCACAUCGCAAUCAGAUUCCAUCAUGAACUACUCCAAGGAGGGAUAGAGAUCGUCGAUCUCCCAGGCUGGGGUGACAUCAAUCUUUCUAGAGUCCGGCAUGCGGAGAAGAUCAAAGACACUGUUGAUGUUGAAAUCAUCCUCGCAGAUACCAUACGUAUCGCCUCCGACGACAAAGUCAUCAACAGUACACGUGCAGCUGUCGCUCAUCAUGGACCUUCAAAAGUCAAAGUUGUCGCUACAAAGGUCGAUUCUCUUUCCAAGAACCAGUUGUCUCAAUGCGCAGGCGGCGAAUUCGACAUCAUCAACCAGUUGCUGCAGGAAGUUGAAGAGCAAGAGGCUGGCCUGGACGAUGAUGACGAAGACGAGGAUGUCAAUUCGAAGGAGCGCAGGACUUUGGGCCAAUAUCGGAUUUAUCUGGAACGUAUCCGAAAGCAGAAAAAGAUACUGCAACGUGCAGAUAUCAUCAACGCAGAGCUCACGGCGAAGCUCAAGGGCAGAACCACCAAGGACAUGCCGCAGAUAUUUCACACCUCUGCCUCUGAGUACAUGGACUGGAUACGUAAACCUAAACUGGCGUUUUCGAAUCAGCCAUCGCUAUCUCCUGAUAUGACUGGUAUUCCCGCCAUUCGCGAAUAUCUCUUUUCUUUACCAGCGCAACAGAACUUGAGAGAUUAUGAACGCCACAUCAACACAACGAUUCCAGCAUUCAUCGAGAAAGUAAAGAGAACGGUUUCAGAACGAGAGCGUGAUGGAGAUUUCCGGACCAUAGCUGAUGAUAUCGACGCGGUUCGCAGGGGAUACAUGACCCGGCUUCUCUCAGAAGCGAAAAAAGGGUUUCAAGGAUGUUUUGACGAGAGCAUUCAAAGAAUCGAAAAGGACAUACCGAAUUUCAAAGAGCAGCUUGAAGAAAAGAUGACCACCGAAUGGUUCAUCCUCAGAUCGGCGGCCUUCACUCGCAUUCUUAGGUACCGGGGCAUUGUGUUGAAAGGCGCGUCUAAAGCCAAAGGCCUUGAGAACGGAUGCCACUGGAACAAGGAACUGGCAGACUUACUUGCACCUGGUUUCAACAAGUGGUACAACGCGCAUACGGGGUGUAUGAGAAACAUGAAACCAGCCCUGGGUGGGAGCUUAGAUCAGCUUCAUCACAAGAUCACGAACAUGAUCCACGACUCCGGCGCAAACAUGGUCACAAUUGAGAAGGCAAGGAAGAGAUGGGCUCCAUUACGCAACAAGCUCCAAGCCAAACUCAUUGUGAUGAUGGAAGAGGUUAGCAAGCUUGAGAAGUUGAUGUUUGAGUCGGCAACCAUGGAGUUUGGUCAAGAGAGAAACCUCAUCUCUUACAUGACCGAUGACCUUUACACCGAAGUUUUCGAAGCGGUACCUGAGGAAAAGCCGCCCCUACCAGCAAAAUCAGGAAAGAAGAAGCCGGCAAAGCGAUACGUGAUGCCUAAGCUCAAGUUUCAAAAGAAACGCAUGGAAGACUUAUUCCUGAACCCAGAUACCCACUUCGUUGACCAGGUCUUCCGGCGCUUUCGGGCUGAAUUUAACGAUGCAGUUCGUACGCUCCUGGACAAGCACUUCGUUGGCAUUGACAAGAUGCUCGAAAACUUGAGCACAAGCCUUCGAGCAGAAGCUCCGAUAGACUAUCGCAUCACCGAGGAAGGGAAGGCUAUCCGUGCUGAUUUGGCAGAGCAAAUUCUCAGUUUUGAAGAGAAGGCAAUGGAAUUACGGAACAAGCUACCACAAACGGUGAAGUCCGAAGAUGAUACAGCACUUAUACCUCCAAACAAUCCAGAGAUAUCAGAGGGAGAUGACAACGAUAAUCUGGCGAUCUUCUACGAUAAGAUGACGAAGUCAAAGCACAGGGUUACUCCUGACCCUGCUGCUCGGCGACCUAAGCGUAUCAAGACGGAACCUUGGUAA